AUGUCCUUCUCCCAAGACUCAGAGGGCCGCAAGAUCGUGCCCAACACCAUCUCCGGCGAACCCAUAACCCUCCCAGCAUCAUCCACCUUCCCCAUAACCUCCUCCAAAACCGGCAAACCUGUCCACUAUGGCCAGACCGCAAGCGUCGACGUCGCCAACCGCGCCGUCGAAGCCGCAGCCAAAACCUUCAAGACGUACAAGACUACUCCGAUCCACGAGCGUCGACGUAUGAUCAUCCGCGCCGGACAGCUGUUCGCGGAGAAGUCGGCGGAGUUCACCCGUCUGCAGAUCGAGGAGACGAAUUGCGCGGAGCAGUGGGCGACGCAUAACAAUGUCCAGGCGACGACGUUUUGUAAUGAUAUUGCGGCGGCUGUUGCUGAUGCUGUGGUUGGAGAGAUUCGGCCUUCGCAGUUUGGGUUUACGAAUCUUGUGUUUAAGGAGCCGGUGGGACCGGUUUUGAUCAUUCCCCCAUGGAACGCUGCGGUCGUUUUGGCUGUACGUGGUAUUGCUUCAGCUCUCGCAGCUGGAUGCACCGUUGUUGUCAAGGCAUCGGAGUUAUGCCCUGCCACCCAUAGCCUCAUCGUGUCGGUCUUCCACGAAGCUGGCUUUCCUCCAGGGGCUCUCAACUUGAUCAUGGCAGACCGUCCCGCUGGCGCAGAGGUCACCGAAGCCGCCAUUUCCCACCACGCACUGCGCAAGGUGGAAUUUAUAGGCAGUGCGGGCGUUGGCAGGAUCAUUGCUUCUGUCGCGGCCAAACAUCUGAAGCCUGUUCUCCUUGAGCUUGGAGACCAAAGUCCGGCUAUCGUGCUAGACGAUGCUGAUCUGCCCAACGCAGCGAAGCUAUGUGCACGAGGAGCGAUGAUGCACCACGGUCAAGUCUGCUUCUCCACCGAACGAAUCAUCGUCCAGUCCUCGAUCUUGGAAGAAUUCGCUCGCCUGUUGGUCGAGGAAGUCAAAGGUAUCCCGUCAGCGGGCUCCGCAGUCACCAACGUAGGCGCCGAAAAGGCCAAAGCCGCAAUCGAUGGAGCGGUGAAAGACGGUGCCAAGUUCCUCUACGGAUCUAGUGACAUGACAGCUUCUGCUACUCUGCCACCGUCCAUCCUGACCAACGUCGACCCCAAGUCCGCCAUUUCGACAGGUGAGGCUUUUGCGCCAACUGCUUUUAUCGUACCUGUGGAAAACGAGGAAGAAGCAAUCGAAGAGGCCAACUCCCGCCUUGGUGGACUGUCGGCGUCGGUCUUCACGGGAAGCUACGAGCGCGGCUUGCGGGUCGCUCGAGAGCUGGAGUUUGGCCAGGUUCAGGUCAACAACAUGACGCUCUUUGCCGAGCCUGGUGGUCCGGUGACCGGUCAUAAGGGAUCCGGUUGGGGCAGCAACAACGGCAAGUACGGCAUUCAGGAGUUCACAUUUAGCAAGGCUGUCUCACUCGUGCCUAGCACGCCCCAGGCCGGUCACUAG